ACGUCACCCUGGCGAAAGGUGCGCUCACUGGUCACUUCUCCCUUUAUACAAACUUACAAGCGGCAAAAGUACCCAUGGAUUCAGCUGGCUGGUCAUCAAGGAAACUUCCUCGCCGGUCAGAUGCAGGGCACUAUACUGAAGAAGAAGAGCGGCAAUGAGGACAAGUGCUUCCAGGCGCUCAUGGAGGAUGAGCUGCGCCACUUUGUGCCGCACUUUAAGAAUGUCGUCCACAUGAAUGGAGAGAGUUACAUUGAACUGGAGGACCUGCUGGCCUCCUUCAGCAAUCCCUCCAUCAUGGACAUCAAGAUGGGCAUUCGUACCUACCUCGAGGAGGAGCUGAUUAAGGCGGGCGAGAAGCCAAAGCUGCGCAAAGACAUGUACGAGAAGAUGGUCGCCAUUGACCCGCGAGAGCCCACCGAGGAGGAGCACGCACUGCGGGCGGUCACCAAGCCGCGGUACAUGGUCUGGCGGGAGUCGAUCAGCAGCACCUCAACACUGGGCUUUCGCAUUGACGGCGUCAAGUUGAGACAGAAUGCGGCGGCGGUGGCGGCGGCAGCCGCGGCUGGAAACGGAAACUCCGCCGAGUGCGAAAACAACCGCACGAAUAAGGACUUUAAGCGGACCAAGACGGAGCAGUCGGUCAGCUCGGCCAUUCUGCAGUUUGCCGAAGAGAAACCGGAGUGCAUU